GUUUUUUUUUUGUACAAAGUGUUUGUCAGAGUCCCCUUCAGUCCUGAGCAAACUGUGAGAGAGAGGGGACAACGAGGGCGACCUUGUGUGAUCAGAUUACAGUGAAAGUUUGUGUGACUGUGACCAUGCGUGUGGUGGUUGUCUUCCUCUUGUCUGCCCUGCUGCCACUCUCUUGCUCCCACGGACGGGACCCAUUCGCCUGGCUUUACGGCGUUCAGAGCCAAAGAUAUGGCUCCCUGCAGGCAGACAGCACAGGAGGGGAUUGUCCAGAUGAGUGUGACUGCCCCCCCUCCUUCCCAGUCGCCAUGUACUGUGAUGGGCGGGGCCUGACAGCCAUGCCAACCGUCCCCUCCCGCGUGAAAUACCUGUACCUCCAAAACAAUGCCAUCACUGCUAUACCCGACUCAGCUCUAGUAAAUGCAAUCAAUCUGGUGUGGCUCAUGAUGCACUACAACCAGCUGACAUCUGACGCCAUUGGCGAGAAGGCAUUUCUACAGCUGAAGGGACUCGAGCGUUUAUAUCUGCAGCACAACAACUUGACCUCCUUUCCUUCAAACCUCCCUCGCACCCUGCAAGACCUGAGAAUCGACCACAACAAGAUUGAAAAGGUAAUAGCUGCAGACCUGGAGGGAAUGGAUAACCUCACCAUCCUGUAUCUCCACGACAACGCGGUCACAGACAUGGGCACGUCACUGACGGCACUCAAAUCCCUCACACUGCUGGAGAUCAGUGGCAACAAGUUGACGAAGGUCCCAGAGGCACUCCCCGAACAUCUGCACCAGCUCUACUUGGAGUACAACUCCAUUGAUUCUCUACCCGAGGGUUUCAUGGGCCGGUUCACUCAGCUGCAGUACAUCAGGAUGGCUCACAAUCAGCUAACAGACAAGGGUAUCCCUGCCAACACCUUCAAUGUGACUGGGCUGGUGGAGCUGGACCUGAGUUACAAUAAACUGGAGAGAAUCCCUCCAGUGAGCACCACACUACAGCAUCUCUAUCUGCAAGCCAACCAGAUCAAAGAGUUCACUCUGGGUAGUUUCUGCAGCGUUGUGGAUGUGACCAACUUCUCCAAGCUCCGGACGCUGCGACUGGAUGGGAAUGAGAUCAGUCGCCAGGACAUCCCUACAGAGUCAACCCUCUGCUUGCGCCUGACUUCCAGCAUUGAGAUCUAACUGUGCUCACAAACGCAGCUAUCUAAUAAUAUAUAUAGCCAAUAUCAACAGCGGGUGGCAGCAAUUCUUACAUCAAGAUUUACUAUUCACAUCACAGUGAAGGCAAAGGUUGUCAUGUGUGGUUGUUUACAUGUUUUACAGCAAUUGGAGAAGCUGUAUUGCAGAUAUUUCACAUUUCCCAGGGCAAACAAACAAGUUCAACUUUAAAUGAGUUUCCUUCACACAUCUGGACAAAUGGCCAAGUCUCGUUUUACUUGAUUAAAGCUACGACAAUGAAGUUUCAUUUUGUGCUGAUUUUGGCAGUCCCUGAGGACUUAAGUUUCAGAGCACUUGAGUCCAUUUAGAAAAAAAUCUAAUUUUACUGCAGCAGGGUCAGACAGUCUGCACCCCUCAAGAAUCUGACCCGGGAGCACUGAUGACAAGCAUUAUAUCUGCAAAAUCUGAGACUGGGGACAUUUCGAUUGCCUCUCGACAGCUCUCAACAUGCUGACGGCCAGCUAACGGUGCUAACAGAGCUAACAGUGCAAACUACGGCAAAAUUGCUGACAUAGCUAAAAGUGUUUAUUUGAGGGAGAACCGGAGGGUAGGUGCUGUGCUUCUACGUUGACGCUGUCGGUCAGGACGGCAUUAUCAUAAUAAUACAUAAUACAGUGCAUAAUACGAUAGCCGUAGAAGCCACAUAUGUUUCUUCUCUGCGUAUUGAAAAUGAUCUGACCCUGAUCCUCCUUAUAUGUUGCUGUGAGGAUCAAUUAUCUUUUUAAUCAAUGUUUUUUGCUGUUUUUAAUCUCUCUUCCUACAAAGCAUGCCUUCCAUUGUUUUGUUUGAUAAGCUGAACAUUAUGUAUCAUGUAUAAUGUGAAUUGUUUUAUUUCAAAUCAUUAGCUGUCCUAGAAGCGUGACGAUAUCUUCAUCACUUCUCCGACGACCAUUUCCCAAAUCGAUACCUUAUUGCAGUUGGGUACAUUGUUUUUUCUUUGUGACAAAAAUGCUGUGAGUGUUUGUUUCUGUAGAGGAUCCUCUUGUUUCACAGAGAAAUCAACUUUCCUUAGGAACAUAGAUUGGUAUCUCUGUGCAAAAUAUACCCUUACUGUAGUGAAUCACACAUACAGCAUGAUGGGCAUCGGGUGAAUGAAUUAGGAUUCUUGAGUUACUGUAUGAUUUACUUAGAUGGUUAUUAUGCUGACAAAUGUUUUAGGUUUACAAGCCUAUUGCAGAAUAAAUAAAAGCUGUGAUUAAAAACACAAAAA